AGGUCACUUUAUUUCUUGUCUCUGUAUCUCUGUUGGGAGGUGCAUGUUUAGGUGACUAACUACAGGAACACAAAAAUGCCUAAUAUUGCACAUCCGGCAUACCCAGCAGCUACACUGCUUCAAUUAGAAAGUUUGGUGCCUUGUCGAGAAUCCCAAGUGUCCAUGUUGCUGUCAAUAUUUGGAGAGCGUCAGCAGUUUAGUUUUCCAUCCAUCUUUAUCUAUGGACAUACAUCUAGUGGAAAGACCUAUGUGAUGCGAACUCUUCUAAAUACCUUACAGCUUCCUCAUGUGUUUGUGAACUGUCUGGAAUACUUUACUUCACGACUUCUUUUAGAAGAAAUCCUCAUCCAGUUGCAAAGCUGUUCUUCUGAGACAGACCAGACUUCUCAUGUGCCUUGCGAUACUUUCAAUGACUUUGUACGCCUGUUUAAACAAGCUGUUGCCAGGCAAGAGCUUCAAGAUCAAACAUUAUACAUUGUGCUGGAUAGAGCAGAGCAGCUGAGGGAAAUGGAAGCAAACAUCCUGCCAGCGUUUCUUAGGCUUCAAGAAUUGAUUAACAGAAAUGUGACAGUUGUCCUGCUGAGUGAAAUAGUAUGGGAACUGUUCCGUCCAAAUACUGGAUGCUUUGAACCAUUCACCUUGUAUUUUCCUGAUUACAGCAUAGGGCACCUGCAGAAGAUCUUGACGCAGAAUCAUCCUCCAGAAUAUUCUGCAGAUUUCUAUGCUGCAUAUAUCAAUAUUCUGCUUGGUGUCUUCUACAUGGUCUGUAGGGACUUGAAAGAACUUCAGCAUCUGUCAGAGGAAGUAAUUGUUAUGUUUUAACUCUCUGAAGCAGUGGCAGCACUCAAUUUUUCUAAAUACUGUGAACCAGUGGUCAGAGGAGAAGCAAAUGAACGUGACACCCGCAAACUCUGGAAAAAUAUUGAACCUCAUUUGAAGAAAGCAAUGCAGACUGUUUAUCUCCGGGAAAUAUCCAGCUCUCAGUGGGAACGCUUACAGCAUGACGAUGGAGGACCUGGGCAGGUGAAAGGACUUUCUGCACAUACUCACGUGGAACUUCCUUAUUACUCCAAAUUUCUUCUAAUAGCUGCUUACCUUGCCUCCUACAAUCCUGUUAGGACAGAUAAGAGGUUCUUUCUUAAGCACCAUGGGAAAAUUAAGAAGACCAACUUUAUGAAGAAACAUGAAAAG